AUGAAGAUACCUAGUUGGAAUGUGAGGGGCAUAGGAAGUGCGAGGAAGAGAGCUUUGAUCAAAGAGGUAAUUAAGAAGUAUGACCCAGACAUUGUUUUCAUACAGGAAUCCAAGAGAAUGGAGUUUAAUGAUAGAUGGGCAAGGAGUGUCUGGAAAGCCAGGGGGAUUAGCUGGGUGGCUGCUCCCUCUUGGGGUGCCUCAGGGGGGAUAGUGACAAUGUGGAAUAAGGAUGUAGCUUUAGGCAUGGGGGAAUUGAUUGGAAAGUAUUCAGUUUCCUUGAACUUCAAGCAACAAGAGGAUGGUUUUGUGUGGGUGCUCACAAAUGUUUAUGGACCAAAUGACAAUAGAGAGAGAAAGGAAUUGUGGGAGGAGCUGGCUGAUAUCAGAGGGCUAUGGGAUGGGCCUUGGUGUGUGGGUGGGGAAUUUAAUGUGAUAAGAUUCAAGGAGGAAACCAAUAAUACCAAUCAAAGGGUGACAACUAGUAUGAGGAAGUUUAACCGGUUUGUGGAUGCAUUUGAAAUUAAAGAGAUUCCCUUAUCACCUAAGACUUUCACCUAG